AUGAAUUCCAAUGCGAUAAUUGAUUUUUUUAGUGGUAUCACUGGCGCAACAGCAUCAGUUUUAGUUGGACAACCAUUAGAUACAAUAAAAACUAAAUUACAAACAUUUCCUACACAAUAUAAAAAUUUUUUUGAUUGUGGACGAAAAAUUUUUCAUGAGAAUGGUAUACGUGCAUUAUAUGCUGGUACUUCACCAUCAUUACUUGCAAAUAUUGCAGAAAAUGGAAUUUUAUUUAUGGCUUAUGGUCAAUGUCAAAAUAUGAUGUGUUUUUUACGAAAUAAAACAGAUCAUGAACAAUUAAAUCCACUUGAAAAUAUGGCAGCUGGUAGUUUUGCAGCUGUAUUUUCAUCUAUAGCUUUAUGUCCAACAGAAUUAGUUAAAUGUCGAAUACAAACAUUGAAUGAAAUUUGUCUUUAUUAUUUAAUCAUUGAUAGUUCACCAAUUAAUAUUACUCGAAAUAUAAUACGUACAGAAGGUAUACGUGGUUUAUUUCAUGGUUUAACAACAACAUUAGUAAGAGAAUGUCCAGGUUAUGGAUGUUUUUUUGGUGGUUAUGAAUUAACAAGAACACUUUUAAUGCAUAAAAAUCAAAAAAAAGAAGAUAUUGGUUUUAUAAAAACAUGGAUAUCCGGUGGAAUGGCUGGUAUUUGUUUUUGGAUAGUUAUGUUUCCUAUUGAUGCAGUUAAAUCACGCAUACAAGUAUUUAAACCAAAAAUGAACUUUCCAAAAUAUACUUUACAAAUAAUACGAAAUGAAGGUUUUAUGGUACUUUAUGCUGGUUUAUUACCAACUCUUAUUCGUACAUUCGUGGCUACUGGUACAUUAUUUAUAACCGUUGAGCAAACACGACGAUUUCUUAAUCAAAUAUUCUAA